AUGUGGCGCCUAGUCAACUUUUUCCUGCUGCUGGCGGUUUCUUCGUCGCCAGCAGCGGCUGUAUUCCAGGAUGAAGUCGGUCAUGUCGACUUCCACCACGCCCUAUUUGGCUUGCCGCAGUCCGAGACGACCUUCUUCCACCGCCCGCGCAAGGACGACAAGGCGAGCCUCCUGUACACGGCGGGCGAUUCUGGCGUCUUUGGUGCCGUGAACCCGAGCAACGGCGCCAUUGUCUGGCGUCGUCAGAUAUCGGACAACGGUGCCCCCAUCACGAAUGAUGACGGUGUUGGUGGCGGGGUUCACUUUCGCGCCCCGGAGGACGAGGACUGGGUGGUAGCGGCGCACGGCUCGUCUGUACACGCCUGGAGCGCCCUGUCUGGCAGGAACGUUUGGACGACCCAAUUCGAUGGGCAGGUCAGGGAUCUGGAGAUUAUGGAAAUGACGGAGACGCCGCGUAAGGAUGUCUUGGCCCUCUUUGAUGAGGAGGGCGUCACUGUCCUGCGACGCAUCCAUGGCGCCCUCGGUACCGUCAUCUGGGAGUUCCGCAACCACAACAAGGACGUGCCCCUGCAGGUAUCGACCAACAUUGCCAACAUCCACGUCAUCUCGCUCCACGGAUCGCCUGGAUCUUACAACCUCAAGGUCACGGCACUCGACACGGCCACGGGCUCGCGUGUUAAUGACUGGGUCGUCGGGUCCAAGGGUGACGUCAAGACCGCUGCCGAUGUCAUGUUUGUUGGCGCCAACUCAGCUGCCCCCAUUGUCGCUUGGACCGACAGCUCCCUGUCGAAGCUCAGUGUUCACAUCCUAGGCGCAAAAGGAAAGCAAGAAAUCUCCCUACCGUCCGGCACUACUUCCGUCUCUGUCUACGCCCCCCAUAAGCUUCAGUCUCAGCCGCAUUUCUUGGUACACGCCAGGAGCGCGUCGGGUGGCAAAGCUGAGGUCUACCACACCAAUUUGAAAAAUGGCCAGAUCAAAAAAGCCUACGAACUCCCUCAUCUCGAGUCUCAGGAUGCCUUCUCCACAAGUUCAGACGCCGGCAACGUGUACUUCACUCGCAUCACUGAGGACGAAGCCAUCAUCGUCUCGUCCGAGUCCCAUGGCGUUCUUGCCCGGUGGGCCUUGGACAAGGCUAGCAACAUCAAGCCCGUCCGCGCCGUCUCCGAAGUCGUCAAGAAGCCAAGCAGUGACGACUAUGCUGUUCGCUCGGCGGUCGUCACCGUAGACGAAGACUGGGUACUAGUCCGCAACGGCGCCAAGGACUGGGCCCGUCCUGAGGGCCUUAGUGGAGCCGUCGCAGCUGUUUGGGCUGAUGUCCCCGAAGAUGAAGAUCUGGCGAAGGUUCUCGAGCAGGAGGCUCACACUAACCCCAUCUCUGCCUAUAUUCACCGUAUCAACCGUCAUGUUAAUGACCUGCAGUACCUUCCUGCCUGGAUCCAGUCGAUACCCAGGCGCUUCAUUGAUAGCGUCGUUGGCGAGGUGUCCUCCCCGACGGAUGGCAAGCUCCAUCGCGACUCGUUUGGCUUCAACAAGAUCAUUGUCCUGGCCACCCGUCGUGGACGCUUCUACGGUGUUGAUACUGGUAACGGUGGCCGUAUUGUGUGGUCAACUCUUGUCUUCCCCCAGCCGGCUGGCCAGUCCUUAGAUAUCAAAGGCAUUGUGUCCAAGGAGGGAACACACUCGACCGUCAUCGCAUCUGGCUCCAAGGGUGAGUAUGUCGAGAUUAACGCCAUCACUGGCGAGGUCCUCAGCGUCGUCGUCCCUGAGGCCCCACUUGCCGUCACCAGCGCUUCCGUUGUCGAGGGUGCCAACGGCCCCUGGCUUCUGUCCUUUGACUCCGAGGGCAAGCUCCUCGGCGACAUUCCCACUGAUCAGGUUCCCAAGGACACCAUUGUCAUCCGGGACAACAAGGACGUGCUCAAGGGCUUCAAGAUCGUCACCAGUGGCGAAAAGCUCGAGAAGCAGGAAGUCUGGCAGCUCCAGGCCCUCCCCGACCAGCAUAUCGCUGACAUUGCCACGCGCGCAUUCCACGACCCGGUUGCCUCUAUUGGCCGUGUCCUUGGCGACCGCAGCGUACAGUACAAGUACUUGAACCCCAACAGCAUCACUGUGGCUCUCGUCAACUCAGAGGCGUCCACGCUAUCUGUCCGCACCGUGGACACGGUCUCGGGCCAGAUCCUUGCCUCGCAAGAGUACGAGGGCGUCGAUGGCACCAAAUCCGUGUCGUGCACCAUGGCCGAAAACUGGCACGUGUGCUCCUUCUUCGGGCAGUACAAUCUCAACGACGGCACCGGCCGCCUAGUCAAGGGAUACCAAAUCGCUUCGUCGGAUCUGUACGAGUCUGCUGCGCCCAACGACCGCGGCCCGCUCGGCGAUGCGGCCAAUUCGUCUUCCCUUGAGCCCGUCGACAGGCCUACGGCCCCGCCGCUCCCCUGGGUCGUCUCCCAGACGUGGGUCACCGGCCAGCCACUCGACAAGAUGACAGUCACCCAGACCCGCCAAGGAAUCAGUAACCGGCAGGUCCUAGCCUAUAUGCCCGAGACGCACGCCAUCGUCGGCAUUCCCCGUAUGGCCGUCGACCCCCGUCGCCCGGUGGGACGGGACCCCACCCCUGCCGAGAUGGAGGCUGAGGGUCUCCAGCGCUACGCCGCCGCCCUGGAGGUCGAUCCGCGAAGCAUCGUCUCCCACGAGCGCGAUGUCAUUGGUGUUCGUGCCAUUGUCGCCGCCCCCGCUGUCGUGGAGAGCACAAGUCUCGUCGUAGCGUAUGGCGUUGACGUCUUUGCUACGCGCGUCGCGCCCAGCGGUGUCUUUGAUAUCCUCGGCAAGGGUUUUAACAAGGCUAGUCUGAUACUCACUGUCGUUGCCUUGUUUGGUGGUGUCGUGUUCUUGGCCCCCAUGGUCCGUAGCAAGCAGAUCAACCGCAUUUGGGAGGCACCCAUGUAA